AUCCUUCUUUAAAUGAAAAACCCGAGACAGACACUCUUAGAAUAACCUCCUCUGAGCCAAACAUGUCUUGAUUUGAUUCUUUCAUUAAAUAACAGCUUACUGCACCAACAUUGGCCAUUUUAUUUUAAUUACGAGUGGAGGGCUAUUCGGAGAGUCCAAAAGACACCAGAGACGACACCCUUGAGCUGGGCUGACAGUUGUGUGGAGGGUAAGCAGGGGCUUGCUUCCCGUAGCAGCAGAGCUCAACUAGCGUCACUGGACAUAUCACAGAUUAUUUCACCAGGUUACUGAAGUUUGCGAUCAAACAGCAUCAUGGAUAUACUUGCCUUAGAGGCAAAGAAUGUAAAUGUAGCUGAACCUGAGAAGAAGUCUGCACCGAGGCCAAAACCGAAACCUCCCAAAAAGGCCAAAAGGAUUGUUUACUUUGAGGUGGAGAUUGUGGACUUGAAGACUAAAGAGAAACUUCUGCUGCUGGACAAGGUGGAGCCAACUGCCACUGUUUUGGAGAUUAAAGCCUUGUUUCACAAAUCAUAUCCAAAGUGGUAUCCAGCCAGACAGUCCCUGCGUUUGGAUCCAAAGUCAAAGUGUCUCAGGGACGAAGACGUCCUGCAGACACUUCCUGUGGGAACCACUGCCAGCUUUUACUUCAGUGACCUGGGACCCCAGCUCACAUGGGGAACUGUGUUUCUGGCAGAGUGUGCCGGCCCACUGAUCAUCUACUUAAUGUUCUACUUCCGCCUCCCCUUCAUCUACUCUCCGAAAUAUGACUUCACCAGCAGCAAGCACUGGGUCGUACACUUGGCCUGCAUGUGUCACUCCUUCCACUAUGUCAAAAGGAUUCUGGAGACAAUGUUCAUCCAUCGUAUCUCCCAUGGGACUAUGCCGCUUAGAAACAUAUUUAAGAACUGUGGCUAUUACUGGUGCUCUGCAGCUUGGAUGGCGUACUACAUCAACCACCCCCUCUACACUCCACCCUUUUAUGGGCAGCAGCAGGUGAAAACGGGUCUUUACCUUUUCUUGUUUUGUCAAGUGGGUAAUUUUUCCAUCCAUGUUGCUCUUCGUAACCUCAAACUUCCAGGCUCAAAAACAAAGAAGAUUCCUUACCCAACAAAAAAUCCCUUCACAUGGAUUUUUUGGCUGGUCUCUUGUCCAAACUACACAUAUGAGCUGGGCUCCUGGAUCGGCUUCACAGUAAUGACCCAGUGUGUGCCUGUGGCUUUCUUCACUCUCGUGGCCUUUGUCCAAAUGACCGUGUGGGCCAAAGGCAAACACCGGAGCUACUUGAAGGAGUUCAGAGAUUAUCCAACCCUUCGCUCCUCCAUACUCCCCUUCAUCCUUUAGAGCUUGGCAGAGAAAACAAUAGUUCCUACACACAUCCACCCUCUCACUGAUCGGGUCCUUUUUAAGGGCCUCUCCAUCCACUGGAUGUCAGAAAAUAUGUGCCGAGGUUUACAAAAGGGAUGGAUUUUGGUCAUGUGGACUCCAUGUAACAUUUUCUUACACACCAUAACAUAAGUGUUGGACUGAUGAAUUCAGAACUGUUACAGGCAAACAAAUGUGUCAGAGUCAAAUGCAAUAAAGUCUUAAUUUAAUGUUGUAUGUGAGCUUGAAGAGCAAGAGGAUUUAUUUAUUUUUAUUUUUUAUUUAUUUGUUUUUUUGCUACUUUGUUAAGUUGUAACAUGUUUGAUUGAAAGCACUGUUUAAUUUUUGAAAAAUCACAUUAUUUUUACAGCUUUGGGCAACCCAGUCAGUGAUGUUUCAUUACAGAAGUAGGAAACCAAGAGGCUAAUCUGCAUUGUCAAACCACUGUGCAGCCUGGAGCUGACAACUCUACCAAUCUGACUGAUGCAAGUGACCUUUACAAUUAUGGUAGUGCUGAUUCUGUCUGCAUUAAAAAUUGUAUGUUGCUUCAUACGUUUUCCAACAUGGGUUAGGGGAGGUCUUUACUUUCUGUCUGUACAUGGAAAAAAAUGUAUUUGUUUUACAGGAAAAGAGAAAAAUACUGCAGAUAGUGUGCACAGACACAUCCAUCAAAAAUAUACACCAUGUAGACAAAAGUACUUGGACACCUGACCGUUACACCAACAGGGACUUUCAUGACACUGCAUUCUAAAUACACAGACAGCUGCUUUGCAGCUAUAACAGCUUCCACUCUUCUGGGCAG